AUGGGGGAAUCAGCUCCGAUCCCAGGAAUACCACGGAUUCACGUAUCAGCGGGCGCGGACAAGAUACUCAAAAUUGUCCAAAAACAUGGAGGAGUCAUAAUCAGCGAAUUUCUGAGCCGGGCCGAAGUCUCCUCCUUAGACGACGACCUCGUCAAAGGCUUCGCCACGAUUCAGCCGGGAUCCAAGUUCGACAAUGAGGAUUACAAGGACUUUCACGGGCGACAGACCAAGCGACUCACCAAUGUCGUGACUCACAGCGAGGUGUUUCGGCACAAUCUCCUGGACAAGAACCUGAUUUACGAGAUUCUCGACCGGGUCUUUGAAUACACCAACAAGGCCUACUGGAUGGCCGCCGCUCAAGCGAUCGAGAUUGGUCCCGGAAAUAAACCUCAGCCGUUGCACCGCGACCAAAGUCAAUACCGGGUCUUCGAUAUCUGGGGCCGAGAUGCACCGGAGGCGUCGGUUAACUUUUUGAUCGCCACCACCCGCUUUACAGACGAGAACGGGGCGACUCGCGUGGUGCCCGGGUCUCACGCCUGGCCGGACUAUAAGGAGACAGGGAGCCACGAAGACACCAUCCCUGCCGAGAUGGAGGCAGGAGACUGUCUGUUCAUCAGUGGAAAGAUUGUCCACGGCGGAGGAUCGAACAGGACGGCGGAGGAGCUUCGUCGUUGCCUGGCAUUCACUUUCGCGGCCGGAUAUCUGACGCCGGAAGAAGCCUUCCCCUUUCAGAUUCGCAAGGACAUUGCAAAGACUAUGUCGACGCGUGCGCAGAGGUCGAUUGGCUUUAGAUCCGUCUAUCCGGCCCCGCAUGGAGCAGGGCUUUGGAUGCACGACUUCUCGGAGCUUGCAGACUACAUUGGAAUGGACGAUUAG